AUAGCAUAGUGCCUCCAACUUCGUUGACCUCGACCUCUGCUAUCAGUACGACUUCACAAAAAUACUGACUUGGACUUAGAUCAGUCGAGAGAAUACAAACAAUAAGAUGAAGCUCCCUUUAACAAUUUUGUUCUUUUGUGGUCUACUACAGAUUUCCCUCGCGUUGAAAGAUUACAAAGUAGAAUCCGAUUGGUGCAUAGAACGUUACGAUCUCAAUUCCAGCGAAAUCUAUAGAAUUCAUAGCGGCGCCCAUCUGCCCCAGGACAGUAAACCUUACUCGACAUUUAUGGAAUGCUUGUGGCGGAAGAUUCAAUUCUUGGACGGCGACGGAGAACUCAACCUUGCCAAAAUUAGGGAGUAUUAUCGAGUCGCCCAAGAGGGUCACGACGAAGUCGAAAGCGCCAGGAGAGCGGAUGCCGUUGUUGAAAGGUGCCGACUCGCAGGGGGCAGCACGCCAGCUAUUAGAGCCAUUAAUAUGGGAAACUGUUUGAAGAACAAUUAAUUUUUGAUAAAUACAUUCAUUUUUUGCAA